AUGGAGAUAUCGGACUGUGGGUCCUUCCUCUUUGCUGCUGUAGCCAACACCAUCAGGGUAUACCCGUUGUUUCAGGGGGCCCCCCUUUACGGCAGAGGAGGGGCCCCAGGGCCCCCAUAUGGUGCUGGAGAGUGUGUGGGCCCAGCCUCCCUUGCAGGGGCCCCCUUUGCCCCACCGCUGCAGCAGGGAAAACAAGAGGGGGGGCCCCCUCCACAAGGAAAGGGGGCCCUGCAGGGGGGGGCCCCCCUUGCUGAAGUGUAUUUCAGCCCCAGUGAACACGUGCUGGGCCUUAGAGAACGUGGGGGCCUCCUUGCUGCCUACGGCGCAACGCGUCUUGCCCUGUAUGCAUUACAAUGGCAGGGGCCCCCAGGGGCCCCACCCCAUGGCCAGGGGGGCCCCCAGGGGCCCCCAUGGGGGCCCCUACAGAGCCACGGGGGCCCACACCCCACGCAGGAAUGGGGGCAGCUCCGGCUGCAGCAGGUUUUUAUGCAGAGAGAUACAAGAAGAGUGCUGACGACAGAGUUUAUUUUUUUGGGGUGCCCGAGAAGGCAAGAAGCAGCAGCAGCAGCAGUUGCUGCAGCAGCAGCAGCAGUGGGUGGAGCAGCAGCAGAAAUAGCAGCAGCACGCGCUGCACAUGCAGAAGCAGCACAAUCAGCAACAACGGCAACAGCAGCAGCAACCAUACCCACGGAUACCGAAGCAACUGCAGCAGCAGAAGCAGCAGGAGGCUCAGAGCUGCUGAGGUCAAGCCAAACAGCAGCAGCUGCAGCAGCAGCAACAACAACCAGUUCUGCUGCUGCUGCUGCUGCUGCUGCUGCUGCUUCUCUGGUGCUUAUCCAGCUCUUAAAAGGGCACAGAGGGGGCCUCUUCUCUCUGGCGUUUGCUGCUGAGGGGGCCCUCUUGGCCUCGGCCUCAGACGAUAGAGAAAUAAGACUGUGGCUGCGCAUGCCCACUGCAGCAGCAGCAGCAGCAACAGCAACAGCAGCAGCAGCAGAAGCAGCAACAGCAGCAGCGACAGCAGCAGUAACAGGAGGUCAUCCAAUACCUACGGCAGCAGCUGUUGUUGCAGCAGUAGAAAAGCUGCUGCAUGCGCUCAGCAGCAAACAGCCUGAAGCGCAGGGUACUGCUGGGGGCCCCCCGAUCGUAGCUGGGGGGCCCCUCACCGUGGCUGGGGGGGCCCCCCUUUCUCCGUUUUCUUACAAAUGUGUCUCCGUGCUGCGAGGGCACAAGUCUCGCAUCUGGAGUGUCUGCUUCCUCAGCAUCUUGCCUCUCUUGAAGGUGCAGCAGCAGCUGCUGCAGCAGCAGCAACUGCAGCAGCAGCAGCUGCUGCUACUGCAGCAGCUGCAGCAGAAGCAGAGUCGUCUGGAGCAGCAAAAACAGCAUCAGCAGGAUCAUCUGCAGCAACAGGAGCAGCAGUACUACCAUCUGCAGCAGGCGCAGCAGCAGGAGAGGGGACAAUACACCCCAGACAGCAGCAGCAAGAGGUUGGAGCUGCUGCUGCUGCAGGCUGCUUGCUGCAGUUUCCUGCUGCUGUCAGGGGGUGAGGAUGCAACCGUUAGAGUUUGGUGUUUGGGGGGCCCCUGCCUAUACACCCUAGAUGCGCAUAGGGGCCGUGGGGUUCGUUCCGUAGCAGCAAGUAAAAUAUAUUCUGCUGCUGCUGCUGCUGCUGCUGCUGCUGCUGUCUUUGCUUCUGGAGGAGAAGAUGGCUGCAGCAAGCUGUGGCCCCUUGAAGCACUAAAGCCGCUGCGUGGGGCCCUGCUGCAGCACCUCAGCAGCAGCAGCAAGCAGCUGCUGCUGAUGCUGCAGGACCUACACACACAACAGAUGAGCAAUCCUCCCCAACUCAACACAGCUGCAAGUCCUGCUGCUGCUGCUGCUGCUGCUGCAGAUGCUGCUGCUCGAAGGACACACGCAGCAGCCGUAGAUGCAGAGCAGCAGCAGCAACAGCAGCAGGGGACACAGAGCACGGGCCAAGGCGUAAUGACAACUGCAGGUUUAGAAAGCUGGACUUGGAGUUGUCGUGUGGCAGCAGCAGCAACAGCAGCAGCAGCAGCAGCAGCAGCAACAGCAGAAACAACAACAGAAACAACAGCAGAUGCAACAGUAACAGAAACAUCUGCAAACGCUGCUGCUGCUGCUGCUGCUGCUGCUGCUGCUACAGGGGGGCCUGAAGAAGUAGCAACGGGGGAGACAGGAGACACUUCAGCCGCGUGGGGUUUGACAGAGACAUCCUCUGCUGCUAAUGCCCCACAAAGUUCUGCAGCAGCAGCAGCAGAAGCAAGAGCAGCAGCAGCAGCAGCAGCAGCAGCAGGAGUGUGCAAGGGGGGUUGUGGGUGGCUAGGAGGCAGCAGCAAGGACUUCAUUAGAGAGGUCUUCUUCUGCUGCUGCGAGGAGACAGAAGGAGACAAUUUAAUUAUAUCAACAAACUAUGGCCACGUUUAUCUCGUUGCCCAUUGCGCAGCAGCAACAGCAGCAGCAGCAACAGCAGCAGCAGCAGCAA